AAGCAUUUUACAUUUCACAAGCACCUGUCUAACACAGACAAAAAUUGCGUCUAUCAUGGCGGACGAUGAACACGAUGUCGACAACUUUGAUGACGAUAUUGAUGAUGAUGACGAACCUCUUGAUGAAGCAGUGGAAACUCAAGAUGAUGGUGACCCAAUUGACAUCCUCCCAGCUGAUCAAGCAACUCAAGCUGUUGAGCCCCAAAAACGAAUCACAACCCCAUACAUGACCAAAUAUGAGCGUGCAAGAGUCUUAGGAACAAGGGCACUGCAGAUUGCUAUGUGUGCACCUGUAAUGGUGGAAUUAGAAGGAGAGACUGACCCACUACUGAUUGCCAUGAAAGAACUCAAAGCCAGGAAAAUCCCCAUUAUUAUUCGCCGAUUUCUCCCUGAUGGAAGUUUUGAGGACUGGGGAAUAGAUGAACUCUUGAUGACAGAGUGAAUGGACAUGUCACAUUGUAUCAAAGUUUCUGUCAUUAUCUUUUUAUUGUAAUUCAUGUGUGGAGUCUGUGUUUUGGAGAGAGUGGUUGUAUGGAAGUUGCUAUUUUUAUCAUUUCAUUAAAAAAUCACAAAGUA